UAAUACUCUUCUUCAGUUAUCAUCAUCAUUAUCGCCUGCAGCACCACCUGUUUAAUUUAUACUGUAGCAGCCAGAAUGAGGCGAUCAUCAACCCGGCCGGUCCCAGGCAUGAAACGAAAUACCAUCACAUGAUUGAGUCGCACAGUUCGCACCUUCCCUCUCCCGAUCCAAACCCCGUCGAGCCUUCCCCUCAAAGCAGCUGCUGCUGACGACUUUCCGAUGUCCAUCAUCCGCAUUAAACUCGCCAACUAAUUAUUAUUAUUAUUAUUAUUAGCGGCAGCAGCACGCAAUAGUAUAGCAAUCGGAGACGAAAAAGGAGAGCGAGAGCCCCAAAAUUAACAAGCGCCAAAUGGUGGCCGUGUUCAACAAGGAGCUCCUGAGCUGGUACCUCAUCACCCUCAAGCUCAAGGAGACCGUCGAGGCCAAUUUGUCCAAAUCCAGCGCUCCCGCCACCCCGACCUCGGAUCUCGGCGCUCGCCCCCAACCCCUCCUGCUCACGCAGGGGGAGGAGGGCGGCGAAGAGCGAUCCCCGUCGGCCCGGAUCGCCCGAUCCCCAACUCCUGGCCCCGACGCGGAAUGGGUGAUCUCGAUCCGGGAGAAGCUGGAGCAGGCGCGGCAGGUGGACUCGGCCUGCCCCUGGGCGAAGCUGUCCAUCUACCGCGUCCCCAAGUCGCUCCGCGAGGGCGACGAGAGGUCCUACGUCCCCCAGGUCGUCUCCCUCGGCCCCUUCCACCACGGCCGCCGCCGCCUCCGCGACAUGGAGCCGCACAAGUGGCGCGCCCUCCACUGCGUCCUCGGGCGCACCGGCCACGACGUCCGCGCCUACCUCGACGCCGUCCGCCCCCUCGAGGACCGCGUCCGCGCCUGCUACGAGGGCGGCGCCCGCGGCCUCCCCUCCAACGAGCUCGUGCUGUCGCUGGUGCUCGACGGGACCUUCGCCCUCGAGCUCUUCCGCGGCGCCGCCGCGGGCGAGGAGGGCGGGUUCGCCGCGCUCGGCUACUCGCGGCGCGACCCCGUGUUCGCGAUGCGCGGGGCCAUGCACUCCGUGCAGCGCGACAUGAUCAUGCUGGAGAACCAGAUCCCGCUCUUCGUCCUCGACCGCCUGCUCGGCGUCCAGGCCGGCCGCCCCGACCAGACCGGCCACGUCGCCCCGCUCGCCGUCCGCUUCCUCGACCCCCUCAUGCCGACCGACGAGCCCCUCCUACGGACCGACCGCACCCGGAUGGCCGCCGCCGCCGAAUUCGACCCGCUGUCCGGGUCGGGCCUCCACUGCCUGGACGUGUUCCGGCAGAGCCUCCUCCGCGCGGGGCCGCAGCCGGCCCCGCCGCGCCCCUGGCACAAGCGCUGGUCGCAGACGCGCCGCGUCGCCGACCGGCGCCGGCAGCAGCUGAUCCACUGCGUGUCGGAGCUCCGCGAGGCCGGCAUCCGGUGCCGCCGGCGCAAGACGGACCGGUUCUGGGACAUCGCCUUCGAGGACGGCGUGCUCCGCAUCCCGCGCAUCCUGAUCCACGACGGCACCAAGUCCCUCUUCCUCAACCUGAUCGCCUUCGAGCAGUGCCACAUGGACACCACCAACAACAUCACCUCCUACGUGAUCUUCAUGGACAACCUCAUCAACUCCGAGGACGACGUGCGCUACCUCCACGACCGCGGCAUCAUCGAGCACUGGCUGGGCAACGAGCGCGAGGUCGCCGACCUCUUCAACCGCCUCUGCCAGGAGGUGGUGUUCGACAUCAACGACAGCUACCUCUCGGGCCUCUCCGAGCAGGUCAACCGCUACUACAACCACAAGUGGAGCACCUGGACCGCCACCUUGAAGCACAACUACUUCGGCAACCCCUGGGCCAUCAUCUCCCUCGUCGCCGCCGUCGUCCUCCUGCUCCUCACCUUCACGCAGACCUUCUACAGCGUCUACGGCUACUACGAGCCUCUGCAGCAACAACAUUAAUUAAUUAAUUAAAACUCGCCAGCCUAGUUCCAUCGAUUUGCAUAAAAAUAGAACCGAUUGAUUUAUUCGAUUUUUCCCUUCCUCUUUUAUUUCAUUUUAAUUUUGUCGUGUGCGUGUGGAUUGCUUACUGUUGUCGGAUGUUCUGUUGAAGAGUUCACUGAAGAGAAAAAUGGAAAUUUUGUGUA